ACUGGGGACCAGGGGCCUGCCUCCCAGCACGUGGGGCCCUGCCUCCCAGCACGUGGGCGCCAGCCGCUCGCUCAGCAGCCCCCAGCCCCCAGCUCCACCUUCGGGCAGCUCUGCCGGGGUCCCCGUGAGCCGCCUCCCCUCCUGAGCAGCUGUGGUUUGGGGUCCCCUGGUUUGCCAAGCAUCCUGAGACCCCGCGUGCCUGAGCCAUGGCCGGGAAAACCAUCGUCAUCGACCACGGCUCUGCCUUUCUGAAGGCCGGCCUGUCCGGCUGGAACGAGCCCCAGAUGAUCCUCCCGAGCGUGGUGAACUACAUCCCGUGCCGGGAGAACCCUGGCCCCAGCUACGCCCGGCGGCGCGUGAGCCUGGGCGUCGACCUGUGCCACCCCGACACCUUCAGCUACCCCGUGGAGCGCGGCCGUGUCCUCAACUGGGAGGGCGUCGAGCACAUCUGGUCCUUCGUCCUGGAGCGGCACAGGCAGGAGCACGAGGACGCCCCCGUCAUCGUCACCGAGACCCCGCUGCAGGAGCCCGCGGACCGGCGCAAGACGCUGGAGGUCAUGUUUGAGCUGCUCGAUGUCCCGGCCCUGCUGCUGGCCAACCAGAUGGAGAUGUCGCUGUACGCCUCGGGGCUGCUCACCGGCACCGUGCUGGACUCCGGCUAUGGCCUGACCCGCGUGCAGCCCUUCCACCUGGGCCGCACCUCCCCCUCCAGCUGCAAGACCCUGGAGUUCGCCGGCCAGGACCUCGCUGCCUACCUCCGCAAGAGCAUCUUCAAGGAGCACUCCGACCCGCACAACCUCUUCCAGCUGGAUACGGUGACCGGCACGCAGAUGGGCAAGUGCUACGUGCCGCAGAACCUGGGCGAGGCGCUGGACUUCUGCCAGAGCCUGCCGAGCGGCGCGGACGAGAGCAACACCUACCUGCUGCCCGACGGCACGUCCGCCGAGCUGACGCCCAUGCAGCGUCUGGCGCCCGAGAUGUUCUUCAGCCCGCAGGUGUUCGACCUGCCGGGGCCCAGCGUGCCGGAGAUGGUGGUGGAGUCCAUCAAGACGUGCGAGGCCUCCACGCACGAGCAGCUCAUCUCGCACGUCAUGGCCUGCGGCGGGAACACGCUGUACCCCGGCUUCACCAAGCGCCUGCAGAAGGAGCUGUCGGCCGAGCACUUCGCCUCCGCCAAGGCCACGCUCUGGGUGGGCAGCAACAGGAAUUUCAGCGUCUGGCUCGGGGCGUCGCUCAUGGCCCACCUGUCCACGUACAAGUCGGAGUGGAUGACCAGGGAGGAGUAUGACGAGGGGGCCCGGGUGUGAGCCGGUGGCCUCUCCAGGGGCCUGGGGACGAGGUGGGCAGGGGGCAGGGGUGGGGCGGGGUUAGAGUUAGCUGGCUUUGGAUGUUUCUUGACUCUGAGUUUUUAUCUUGUUGGCAGAGUGGGCUCCAGGCCGAGGGAGGAUGGGGCGCCAGCCCUGGACCCCGUGCAGGGAAAGCCUCGUCCAGCUGCUCCGUUAUGGGGGUGGGCGUGGCCGUCGGCCGGCCUCCCCCGUGCCUAGAAGCCACCCUGUGUUCGCCGGCGCCUUCCUGGGGUCAUCCCACUGGGCUCGGUUGGUUAGGUUUUAAGUGGGCCGAGAGCGAAUAGUAACUGAUCAGCUUUGAUAGGGGAGGGGGGGAGUUGAGUGUUCUAGUCUUUCAGGCUGUGUGGUCCGGGUCCUCUCUGAGGGGUGCCUUUCCCGCCUGGGGCCUUGUUUUAUAUACACAAAUAAACAUCUGGU